CAAACUCCUCCGUCCUCCCCCUCCCCCUCCAUCGCAGUGCUGCACGUACUGCAUAGACCAAAAGCUCGGCCUGAACACGAGAGCUGCACGCCGGGGAGCAUAGCUUAGCAGUUGGCAGGGAUGGAGGAAGGUGGGAUCGCCAUCGACUUCAGCGAACUGAGGGAGGCUCUGUCCUCCCAGUCUUACUCCAAAGUCGCCGACAUCUGCGAUUCUCUCAUGCUCCGGGUGGCGGCGGAGGGCGUCCCUUACCAAGACGAAUGGCCUUAUGCCCUUCAUCUACUUGGCUACCUCUACGUUGAUGACAUAAACAGUGCACGAUUUCUAUGGAAAUCCAUUCCUGCUGCUAUCAAAGAGAGCCAGCCAGAACUUGCUGCUGCUUGGAAAGUUGGUCAGAAGCUAUGGACUCGUGACUAUGCGGGUGUCCAUGAGGCCGUGCGGGGCUUUGAUUGGAGUCAGGAAACCCAGGGCCUCGUAAAUUCUUUUUUGGAGAUUUAUACCAGGAAGAUGUUUCAACUGUUGUGCUCUGCUUAUUCAACAAUAAGCAUCCAAGACACUGCACUCUUUUUGGGAAUGACCGAAGAUGAUGCCACAAAUUAUGUCCUGCAGCAAGGGUGGCUCGUGGACCCUGUUUCUCUGAUGCUCACUGUGAAGAAGCCACCCGUAUUGAAAGAGCAGAAGCUCAACCCAGAUAAGCUGCAACGCCUAACGGAGUAUGUAUUCCAACUGGAGCACUGAGUCUACUUCACUGGCACAAGGUGGUUCUCGAGUACAGAUUGCAGGUCUGCAGCCCAGUCUUAAUCUGUUGAUGUAAACCAUGCACAUUCAGUUCUAUUUGCUGGUGCAUGUUUAGCUGAUGAAUGCGGUAAAUGGUCCUUGCAUCAGUUUCAAUGUUUGUCAAGGAUCGGGGAAUGAUCUUUUAUUAGAGUGAUUUUCUGUGAUGCUCUUUAUUUUCGCUGCUCCUGAUUCGAGUUCGGUUCUUAGGAACGACGCGUAAUAUCUAUAAUUGAGUACCUUCUAGCAUCAGGGAAAUACUUUUUUCCA